UAAAAAAGAUGGGAUACGCGGACCCUACGGCUAGUCGAGAUCUGCUGGGGAACAGAUCCUUGUGCUUUAUUUUCAUCUGCGCUUUCGGUGUGGUCACACUGCUGCAGCAGAUCCUCUAUGGCAAGAAUUACAUCAAGAGCGCGCAACAGUUAACCCGCCUCAAAGGAGAGGAGGUGGGCAACUGGAGUGGCCUGGUUAGGUAUCUUGAUGAUGGAGGGAUGAAGCAGCCUGCCAGAAUUGUGAGGAAAAGAUGUGUCCGUCAGCACUCAGAGAACUCCAUAGUUUAUGCGCCCUGCCUAGCCGAUAUUAAGAAGAAAAAAAGAGAAAAGAGAAGGUAUCUAGAGACCUCUAACGGACCCCUACAGUAUAACUCCACCACCUGCAAGGAACUGCGCCAGGAAAUCGCUGAAAUCAAAGUGCUGUCCAUGGUAAAAACAUCUGAGCUCUUUGAAAGAUGGAAGAAUCUGCAGGUCUGUACAUGGGAACAGAACAAGGAGGAAACCACCAACUUUAAGAUGUCUCUAUCGCGGAGUUGUAAUGCACCAGCCUUCCUGUUUACGACGCGGAGAAACACACCACCCGGAACGAAACUGCGCUAUGAGGUCGACACCAGCGGCAUCUUACCCAUCAUCCCAGAAAUAUUCAAAAUGUUUCCUGAGGACAUGCCUUACUCUAAAUCACAGUUUAAGAGGUGUGCUGUCAUUGGAAAUGGAGGAAUCAUUAAAAACAGCAAAUGUGGGAAAGAGAUUGACAUGUCUGACUUUGUCUUCCGGUGUAAUAUUCCCCCAAUUUCAGGAAAAUAUGCAGCUGAUGUAGGUACCAAGACUGGUCUUGUAACUAUUAACCCGAGCAUCAUCACAGAGAGGUUCCAGAAACUGGAGAAGUGGCGGCGUCCGUUCUACGAUGUGCUGGCGAGCUACGAGAACGCCUCCGUGGUGCUGCCAGCCUUCUACAACUCGCGCAAUACCGACGUGUCAUUCCGUGUCAAGUACGUCCUGGACGACUUCGCCAGACCCACCGGGCGUGGUGUCUACUUCUUUCACCCACAGUAUCUACUGGGUGCGCAGCGCUUCUGGGCAUCCCUGGGCGUUCGAGCCAAGCGCCUGAGCAGCGGGCUCAUGCUGGCCACGGCGGCGCUCGAGCUGUGCCAGGAGGUACACCUCUAUGGCUUCUGGGCCUUCCCGAUGAACCAAGAUGGCAUUUUCGUCAGCCACCACUACUAUGACAAUGUCAAACCUCGGCCUGGUUUUCACGCCAUGCCGCACGAGCUCUUCAGCUUCAUGCACAUGCACACCCGGGGCAUCCUGCACGUCCACACGGGGACAUGCAGGUGAUGCCGCUCUGUGGUUAAGGUACUGAUUUAUGGAUCGUUCAUUUUCUUAAUGAUAGGAGCUUCCAGUCAUAAGGCAGCGAGAAGAAACUCAUUAUGAGAUCUGGAGUGUGUGUGUGUGUGUGGAAAGGACAAUACAUUUUCCACCAAGACCUCUAAUACAGCUGCGAGGACUCAAACCUGGAGCCAGGGGUUGUGCACACUUUAUAUCGCUGCCUUUAUGUUUUCGAUAUGUGGCAUUGCUACAUGGUGCUUGUUUUGUGCAAGGUAUUAUCGUGGCAUCAUUAUUUUGUAUGAGGGGCCAACUGUGAUAUAUAAGCAUCACUGUAGAGCUAUUAGAACUGUACAAUCUUAUUUAAUCUUCCUCAACAGUCUUUAAUAUGUUGUCAUAUUUCUUCACUUAAUAAAGUGACCCCUUAAAA